UCAACCUGGUACGGCGGUACGGCUUCCGCGGCCGAAGCGCCGAAGCCACCGAAGCCGCCAGAGGUCGGGUGCACUUUGCAGCCGACGACGGAGGAAAGAAACGGGCCGUCGCCGCUUUGAGCGACGGGAGUCGCGACCGAAUCUCGACAGUUUGUAUAACUCCACGAAAACAGCAGCAGUGGUCAUCUUCGGCAGCAGUUGCAUGCAUAAAAGGUAGCGGUGUGGUGUGCAAUCGCCGUAUCCAUGGCUGCGGAAAUAAAGCCGAUCGUUGGGCCCGACGGUCAGGUCAGCAGCGCGAAGAAGCCUCAGCUGAUCAACAAGCUCGAAGGCCACCAAGAGCCGGUGAACGUUGCCGUCAUCAUACCUGGCGAAGAUGGAGUCAUAAGCAUCAGCGAUGACAGGACUGUCAGAGUAUGGCUGCGCAGAGACACCGGGCAGUAUUGGCCAAGCAUAUGCCACACCAUGCCGUCUGCUGCAUCAGCGAUGGACUACAACUCUGAAACUCGAAGGUUAUUUAUUGGAAUGGACAAUGGCUCCAUAUCGGAGUUUCAAAUUUCUGAUGAUUUCAACAAGAUGACUCAUCAGAGAAAUUAUUUAGCACACCAGGGCCGAGUGAUGGGCAUAGUGUUCUCACUCAUCGCUGAGUGGGUGCUGAGUGUGGCCAGGGACAAGCACUUCCUGUGGCACUGCUCCGAGACAGGCCGGCGGCUGGGUGCCUUCCAGAGUGGGGCCUGGUGCAUGGCUCUCCAGUUUGAUGCACAGUCCAAGCAUGCAUUUGUUGGAGACUACUCUGGGCAGAUAACCAUGCUGAAGGUGGAACAAACUGGCUAUAAGCCUGUUACUACACUCAAGGGGCACUCUGGGAGCAUACGAUGCCUAACUUGGGAUGCAGAACGCAAGCUGCUUUUUUCUGGUGGCUUUGACCAGACUAUCAUUGUGUGGGACAUUGGUGGCAAGCAGGGCACUGCCUAUGAACUGCAAGGACACCACAACAAAGUGACUGCAUUGUGUUAUCAUAGUCCAGGAAAGACGCUUAUUUCGGCCGGUGAAGAUUCAAUGCUUGUUUUCUGGAACAUGACAACCAAGAGGAUAGAGACUCCUGAGUGGGGGGAGAGCGACACGUGCCAACGGUGUUCUCGUCCGUUCUUCUGGAACAUAAAGGCAAUGGUGGACCAGAAAACGAUCGGGAUCCGACAGCACCACUGUCGUAAGUGUGGCAAGGCAGUCUGCGACAAGUGCAGUUCAAACCGGAGUUGUAUUCCCAUCAUGGGCUACGAAUUCGAUGUACGUGUUUGUGACGAGUGCCAUGUGGUCAUCACAGAUGAUGACCGAACUUCAAUGGCCACGUUCCACGAUGCAAAGCACUCAAUUGUUCACAUGCAUCUGGACCUGACCCGUGGCCAUCUUCUAACAACAGGCUCAGAUAGGGUCAUAAAGAUUUGGGACAUCAGCCACAUGCUGUAGUCAGCCAAGGUGUGUGUGCCAUGGAGUGAGCAGGGGCUGGAAAAAGAAAAAUGCCUUGCUGCUGCACAUUUAUUUGUCAGGACUGUGUUGCCGUUCUUCGUGCUAGAAACAGCUGAAAGCAGCCAGGAGAAAAUGCUAUCGGUAGUCUUCCACCGUAAACCCUGGUCUCCUCCAACGGGUCAUCUCAACGCAGUGAUGGAAGGCGAAGUCAGUUUGUAAGGGAUGGAAAAGAGGUGCUUGUACGAGCACUUGAACCUUUUGAUGCUUGUUGCCAUUUCACCUUGUUUCCAUGCCUGACUUGUGCACAGUUGCAAAGUGCAAGGCAGAGCGCGCCUUACCAGUGGUGCACAAUGGGUCGGUGCAAUUUGUGUUAACACAUGUGGCAAUGCUAACCGCAAAGAAGAGACUACCCCUGAGCAGACAUUGUGCCAUUGGCCACUGUAUGCAGUCUGUGGUGGGUGCUCUAUGCAGGCACAUUUCUCGUACUUGCUGUUAUGGGGAGGGAAGGUGGGCAGUGUGUUUGUGUGUGUGUGUGUGUGUGCACACUAGUACAUUGUUUGUACACCUGCGUGCAAGGAUGAUAUCCAACCACUAUCCAAAUAAGCAAAACUGCCAGUGGAGUGACUGCUUUAUAUAGAGAGUAGUCGUAGCACCAAAGAUGCCAUGCUUGCUCUUUGCUUUUGACCUUAAAACUGUGCAUAAUGCUGGCGGCGCAGGGACACCUUGGCCCUGCUACAGUCUGUGCUGCUUCAGAUUUUCUCUCAUGGGAACAGCUAACUAGGGUUGAAGUAUCUUGAGUCAACACUGUGUACCUUGAUCUGUUGGUACGUUACCAAGGGUCCAUAGAUUGUGGUGGAGUAGUGCCUGCUUAAUAGCAGAACUGGAAAGUCCGGUUGUCUGCUGUGUGGGUGGGGUAUCUGCCUUGUCACUUCAGUAAUGUAAACCCGCACAAUAUACAAGGUAGCUGUCAAGGCUGAUAUCCUUUACCAGAUUCACGAGUGUCACCAGAGAGAUGUGAAGCAGCAAAUGCCCAUCAUGCACACAUAGUCUGCAGCCAUUGUUGUGGUGUACAGUUCUGAACGGUGUAUAUAACCACAAGACUGUACUGGCAGUGUCAUAUCGUGUACCUGUAAGUCUUCGACUUGAUUUCCAUUUCCUUUAUUAUACAACUAAUAGUAGACUGCUGCAUGGAAGCCUCAUUUUUGCCUCCUAUGUUGUACUGCUUUCUUGUGGCAACCAUCUCUCCUGCAUCAGUGGCAGAUAGUUCUUCUUGCUUACAUGGGCCACCACUGAGAAUCGUUCCUGCUUAAAACUGAGCAUGGCCACAGUCCACUGUUUCUGGUGCUUGUGUGUAAGCUGGCCCAUUUCCUUUCCCAGCACUUUACCUUUUUGCGUGUUGCCAGAAAAUAUUUGUUGCUCUUGACCCAUUUUUCUAGUAAGUUGUCUGUAUGUAAGCUGUCUUAAUGCCAUGCUGUUGAUGAAUGUUGCAUAAGAAGGUUUAUAAGCUAAACACUGUGGAACACUGCUGUAUUCCAGUGGCUAACUCUAGCACUUAAGUGGUCUCGUGAAAGCUGUUAUAUAAAUCUGUGAUACUGAGCUCCUGCAAAGUAAAAAGCUGGGUUUAAUGUCCUUGAAUAAAUGCUGAAAAA